AUGCUGCAGCUGGGGCUCAGCGUGCCCCGCUGCCCCGGGGGCGCGGCCGCCGCCUUCCCUAUGGCCGAGCCGGCGGCGGGCGAGGAGCCGGGCACGGGGCCGGAGGCGCUGGGCUCAUCCCCGGUCACCAUCGUGGUCACGUCCGAGGCCGACACCUGGGACAUCGACACCUCCCCGGGCCGGGGCUGCGGGCCCUUCGUGGACUGGGCCAAGAUGCCGGAGCCGCGGGGCCCGGCGCGGAUCCCGCGGGACGUGCUGGGCCGGCCCCCGAAGGAGCUGAAGCGGCUGGCGAGGGAAGGCUGCUGGGCCGGGAGCCACGCGGGCCGGGCCCGGCUCUACCCCCGGCUCAUCCAGCGCGUCUCCUGCCGCCUCGUCACCCCCGACGCGCUCGUGUACCGGGACGUGGCCGGCCGGCUCUUCGGGAAGCGCAGCGUCAGCUCGCACCCCCUGCCCGAGUUCCUGGAGGGCUGCCCCGUGCCCACCUACUGCCUCAGCCCGCACGGCGUCACGGCCCUGAAGAAGAUCCUCAUCUGCGUGGGCGCCCUGUUCCCCGACAUCACGCACAGCCCGCUGCUGCCGGCGCUGGCGGCGCUGCUGCUGCACUACAGCGAGGACGAGGCGCAGUGCUUCGAGAGCCUCUCGCGCCUCAUCGCCAGCAACGCUCCCCACGCCGCCUACAUCGACCAGUCCUUCCUGGCCCACCAGGCCUCCUGCAUGACCUUCGGGGACCUGGCCAGCAAGCACUGCCCCGCGGCCCACAAGCUCAUCGCCGGCGCCGCCGCCAACGUGCUCGAGGUCUACUCGGAGUGGCUGUCGUGGCUCUUCCCCGGGCUGCCCUUGGCCUACGCCGUGCGCGUGCUGGACGUGUUCCUGCUGGAGGGCCAGAAGGUGCUGUACCGCAUCGCCCUGGCCCUGCUGAAGCAGUUCAGGCUCUCGGCAGCCCCGGCCGGGCCGCAGGGCUCCGACGUCAAGGCCGAGCUGCAGGCUUUCGUCAGCAACAUCGCCCAGCACGUCAGCGUGGACAAACUCCUGGAGAGAGCCUUCGGCAUCCGCCUCUUCUCCCGCAAGGAGAUCUGGCUGCUGCACAUGGCCAACAGGAAGGCCUUGGUGGAGAGGGGCAUCACCGUGGUGCAGAGGAGGCCGUCCUUCCACCUGGCCGUGGACAUGCAGAAGUUCAGCUCCAGCACGGUCACGGCGCAGGAGAUGCGCCUCGUCUGGUCCUGGCUCCCCCAGCGCUUCUCGCUCUUCCCCCCGCUGCUGCUCUUCUCCACCUCCCAGGACGGCUGCAGCCUGCAGAGGUUCUACACGUGCUGUGAAGGCUACGAACCCACGGUGCUGCUCAUCAAAACCACCGAGGGGGAGGUGUGUGGGGCCUUCCUCUCCUCCGACUGGGCCGAAAGGAAGAAGAGCGGAGCCACGUCGGGCUUUUUUGGGACAGGGGAGUGCUUUGUGUUCACUGUGCGCCCCGAGGCAGAGAGGUACGAGUGGGUGCUCAUCCAGAAGCCGGAGCUGGCCAAGGCCGUGCCGCGCUCCCGGCAGCGCUCGCCUUCCCCCGCUCCCGAAUCCCCGCUCGGCUCCCCCCGGGACAGCUCCAGCCCCAAGCACCUGGCCGUGCCCUCGGCGCAGGGCAGAGGCCGCCUGUCCCCGUUCCUGGCCACCAGGCACUUCCUGCUGCCCUCCAAAACUGCCUCCAUGUUCAUGUCCGGCUCCCGGGAUGGCAUCGUUAUCGGCGGAGGGGGAGGCCAAGCGCUGUCCCUGGACGCCAGCCUGCUGCGGGGACACACGGAGCGCUGCGAGACCUUCGACAACCCCCCGCUCUGCCAGGAGAACUUCCAGGUGCAGCUCCUGGAGGUGUGGGGCUUCCAAAGCGCCUAG